CUUUUGGCUUCAACCUCUCCUACUCUUGACAUCUGAGUAGCUCGGAGGGAAGCUCCUCCAGGUCAGAUUGUUUGUAUGUAAAGGAGACUGGCCGCUAGGGCUCAGGACCGGGAUUAUCCAAGCUCUGCAGAAACGCGGGCAGCAAUUGCUUGGGGAGGGGGAAAAGUCACACGAUUUCCAGUGAAAAAGUGACAGAGGGUGGCGGCUUUUGCAACCGUCGUGAAGUCUUCUGCCUGGAACCCGAGACUUGCAUGCUAUGGAACACCCGCUCUUUGGCUGCUUGCGCAGCCCUCACGCUACCGCGCAAGGCUUGCACCCGUUUUCCCAGUCCUCUCUCGCCCUCCAUGGAAGAUCUGACCAUAUGUCCUACCCCGAGCUCUCCACUUCUUCCUCAUCUUGCAUAAUCGCGGGAUACCCCAACGAGGAGGGCAUGUUUGCCAGCCAGCAUCACAGGGGGCACCACCACCACCACCACCAUCACCACCACCACCACCAGCAGCAGCAGCACCAAGCUCUGCAAACCAACUGGCACCUCCCGCAGAUGUCCUCCCCCCCGAGCGCUGCUCGGCACAGCCUCUGCCUUCAGCCGGACUCGGGAGGGCCCCCGGAGAUGGGCAGCAGCCCGCCGGUCUUGUGUUCCAACUCUUCCAGCUUGGGCUCCAGCACCCCGACUGGGGCUGCGUGUGCGCCGGGGGACUACGGACGCCAGGCGCUGUCACCCGCGGAGGCGGAGAAGAGAAGUGGCGGAAAGAGGAAAAGCGAUAGCUCAGAUUCCCAGGAAGGCAAUUACAAGUCAGAAGUCAAUAGCAAACCCAGGAAGGAAAGGACAGCUUUUACCAAAGAGCAAAUCAGAGAACUUGAAGCAGAAUUUGCCCAUCAUAAUUAUCUGACCAGACUGAGGAGAUAUGAGAUAGCUGUGAAUCUGGAUCUCACUGAAAGACAGGUGAAAGUCUGGUUCCAGAACAGGCGAAUGAAGUGGAAGAGAGUAAAAGGGGGCCAGCAAGGAGCUGCAGCUCGAGAAAAGGAACUGGUGAAUGUGAAAAAAGGAACACUUCUCCCUUCUGAGCUCUCGGGAAUCGGCGCAGCCACCCUCCAGCAAACAGGGGACUCUCUAGCGAAUGAAGACAGCCAUGACAGUGACCACAGCUCAGAGCAUGCACACUUAUGAUACACACAGAGGACCGGCUCCAUUCUCAGGAAAGAAAUGUUGUGAUGGAAAGCCUUACUCAAACAUCGUUUACACAGAGAGCUGACUAUGACAGCGAUUUUUAAUAUUAUUAAAUUCAGGCGUCUUGAGUCUGUUUCUCAUGAUUUAUUGAGAGUGUUACGCUAAGUGCCACUUAUUAAAGAUGCUUCCACCGUGAAAAUGGAGAAGGUGAACUUGCUUUGAAUAUUCCAGAUGUGUUUGCUUUUGCUUGCACUGAAAAUUCAAUUGCUAUCAAGAGCAAACUGUGAGACAUUUUUAUUCAACGUGCCUCCAGAAUGAAGAUGCAGAAGAUGAACUUGCUUUGAACAUUACAGAUGUACAAGCUGAUGUGUAUGGCAGUGGGCAGGUAUUUGCUUUUGCUUGCACUGACAAUUAAAUUGCUAUCAAGAAUAAAUCAUGAAACAUUUUAUCCUGAACAACCACAGUGCCUGAAAUCACUCUUAAGUGGGAAAAAUGUAUUUUAACUCUGUAUAUAUUACCCUUGAGUCAUUUUCCUGUCUUCACUAAGUUUAGCAAUACAUUCAUAUUAGCUGAUGAAAUAGGCACUCAUGAUGACAAGCAGAAACAGCUUCUUGUCUUUUUAUACAUUUUGUCAUCCCAGAAACAAUCAGCACAUGCUUACUUGUGUUCAAGUAGAGAAAAUACAUUAGAGUCUGAUAGGACAUAUUCUUGUACCACAGACAAAACAAAUCUUAUGUUGCAUUUCCUAUCAACUGCUGCUAAUACAUUAUUAUAAGAGUUACCUAGCUCCUCAAUUCUUCCUAUCUUAUAGCUUGAAAAAAAUUAGGAUCAUAGGCAAAUCAGUUACCUUGCAGAAAGAGCUUUAUAUGACAGACAUUGUCUGAUGUUAUUACUAUAAAAUGUUAGCUGUUGUGAAUAUCAUUUAAUUUACAAGAAAAACGUUUUCCCCUCAUUGGUGAUGAUGUUAGACAAGUUGCAAAACAUACUGAUUCCUCAAGUUGGUAAACAAUGAAAUUCUGAAUGUCUUCAAAUAAAAUUCAGUAAAAACACAUUAUUUUUUCAUAUAUGAUGUAAUC